GCCACCCAUUCGGUGCCUCUCGCCUUCCCUCCAGCAUCCAUCGUGGAGUGGCUGGACCCUCGGCCGCCAAGUAAGUGCUCAACCAGUGGAGGCGGCAGGAGACGCGGCGGCACAAGCCCUCCAGCGGCUCGCCCCCUGCCGCCAUGGAAGGAGAGGGGCUGCACAAGAGCAGGCGAGGGGAGAGGCUACUUUGAAGAUGGUUUGGCUGACGUUGGGACCUGGAGUUCUGAUGCCACAAUGAGGACUCACACACGGGGGGCUCCUAGUGUGUUUUUCAUACAUGUGAUUUGCCUCACUCUGGUCUAUAGCACUGACGACAUCCCAAGCACUAUGGUUCCUUUUGUCAAUGCCAAGUAUGAUAGCUACCCUAUGCUCUACUUUUCCAGAGGAGAGAUUCAGGAUUUACGAUUGAAAGCAGCCAGUACACACCAACACAUUUCAUCUCGGUUGAUUGAGGCAGUACAGAUCAUGCUGUCAAAUCCAUUGGAAUACCUUCCUCCCUGGGACCCCAAGGAUUUCAGUGCUCGGUGGAAUGAAAUUUAUGGCAACAACCUGGGUGCCCUGGCAAUGUUCUCUAUACUGUAUCCAGAGAACAUGGAAGCCAUCAACAUGGCCAAGGAUUACAUGGAAAGAAUGGCGGCUCAGCCUAGUUGGUUGGUAAAGGAUGCCCCGUGGGAUGAGGUCCCUCUUGCUCACUCUUUGGUUGGAUUUGCCACUGCUUAUGAUUUUUUGUACAACUACCUUAGCAAGUCUCAGCAGGAGAGAUUUCUUGAGGUAAUUGCCAAUGCCUCAGGAUAUAUGUAUGAAGCAUCAUAUAGGCGUGGAUGGGGUUUUCAAUACCUACACAAUCAUCAACCUACCAACUGUGUGGCCCUGUUGGCAGGAAGCCUGAUUUUGAUGAAUCAAGGUUAUCUUCAGGAAGCAUAUAUGUGGACCAAGCAAGUCCUAGCCAUUAUGGAGAAGUCUAUAGUUCUCUUGCAAGAAGUGACAGAUGGAUCCCUGUAUGAAGGAGUAGCUUAUGGCAGUUAUACCACCAGAUCUCUUUUCCAGUACAUGUUUCUUGUCCAAAGGCACUUUGACAUUAACCACUUUAAACACCCCUGGCUUAAACAGCAUUUUGCAUUUAUGUACAGGACAGUACUACCAGGAUUCCAAAGGACUGUUGCUAUUGCAGACUCCAACUACAACUGGUUUUAUGGACCAGAAAGCCAGCUGGUAUUCCUAGACAAAUUUGUUAUGCGCAAUGGAAGUGGAAAUUGGUUAGCAGAUCAAAUCAGAAAGAAUCGUGUGCUGGAAGGCCCAGGGACACCAUCCAAAGGGCAACGCUGGUGUACUCUUCACACUGAAUUUCUCUGGUAUGAUGCCAAUCUGGGUUUUGUGCCUCCACCAGACUAUGGCAUUCCAAAGCUGCAUUAUUUUGAGGACUGGGGAGUUGUAACAUAUGGAAGUGCUCUGCCAGCUGAAGUCAACAGACCCUUUCUCUCCUUCAAAUCAGGAAAGCUGGGAGGACGUGCAAUAUAUGAUAUUGUUCACCGGAACAAGUACAAGGAAUGGAUCAAAGGCUGGAGGAACUUCAAUGCUGGCCAUGAGCACCCUGACCAGAACUCCUUUACUUUUGCACCCAAUGGUGUACCUUUCAUCACAGAAGCUCUGUAUGGACCAAAGUAUACAUUUUUAAACAAUGUGCUGAUGUUUGCUCCAGCUGCAUCAAAGAGCUGUUUUUACCCAUGGGAAGGGCAAGUUACUGAAGACUGUUCAUCAAAAUGGUUGAAAUAUAAGCAUGAUCUGGCUGCAGAUUGCCAAGGAAGGGUUGUUGCUGCUAUGGAAAGAGGUGGGAUCAUCUUUAUCAGGGGAGAAGGAGUGGGUGCUUAUAACCCCAAACUAAAAUUGAAAAGCCUCCAAAGAAACCUGUUACUUCUUCACCCUCAGCUCCUCUUAUUAGUGGACCAAAUACAUCUUGAUGAUGACAGCCCCUUGGAGGUGGCAAGCAGCUUCUUUCACAACGUGGACGUGCCUUUUGAAGAAACUGUUAUUGAUGAUGUCCAUGGGGCCUUCAUUAGACAGCGAGACGGGGCAUACAAGAUGUACUGGAUGGAUGAUACUGGCUACAGUGAGAAAGCUGUUGUGGCCUCAAGAAUGUAUCCCAGAGGCUACCCUUACAAUGGAACAAACUAUGUGAAUGUUACAACUCACCUGCGAAGCCCCAUCACUAGAGCUGUGUAUCUCUUCAUUGGACCUUCCAUUGAUGUCCAAAGCUUUAAUGUCCAUGGGAAUUCUCAGCAAUUAGAUGUUUUCAUAACCACAGGUGAGCAUGCCUAUGCUGCUUAUUUGUGGACUGUUGAGGAUAAAAGCCACUCAGUCUUUGCACAAGUUAUUGCAGACCGCCAAAAAAUCUUGUUUGAUCGAACCUCUACCAUUAGGAGCUCCGUGGUGUCAGAAAUAAGGGAUUAUGUUGAGUUAGUAGAACAGAACCUGCAGCAUUUCAAGCCUGUCUUCCAACAGCUGGAGAAGCAGAUCCUUUCCCGCGUUCGGAACACGGAUGGCUUCCGAAAGACUGCUGAGCGCUUGCUGCAGUUUUCAGAUAAGAGACAGACAGAGGAAGCCAUUGAUAGGAUAUUUGCAAUCUCUCAACGACAGCAGCAGCAAAGCAGAGGAAAGAGGAACAGGAAGGUAGCUAAAGGGUUUGUUGAUGCUGGCCCUGACAUUUUUGCACAAAUUGAAGUAAAUGAAAGAAAAGUUAGGCAAAAGGCACAAACUUUGGCCCAAAAAGAAUUGCCUGUGGAUGAAGAAGAAGAGAUGAAAGAUCUUCUUGAUUUUGCAGAUAUUACUUACAGGCAGCAUAAAAACAAUGUACUGAUCAAAGGCCAAUAUGGCCCGGCACAAAUGUUGGCUACUGUUCGAAGCAGUGCUCCCUCAAUGUCAGCAUCAUACACCCGACUUUUCCUCAUACUGAAUAUAGUUAUUUUCUUUGUCAUGCUUGCAAUGCAGUUGACCUGGUUUCAGAAGGCCAAGAGUCUGCACAGCCAGAGAUGUCUCUACGCAGUCUUGCUGAUUGACAGCUGUAUAUUAUUGUGGCUGUAUUCCUCUUGUUCUCAGUCACAAUGCUAGCUAAAAGACAAAGUUCCAUGAGCAUUUUAUGAUUGCCCAUGUCUGUGUUAUGCAGUCAUGCAGCUUAGCAAUAGUAACUAAGUUUGUUUUGUUCCUUUUCUGAUGCAUUCCAGGAAACAGCUGUGAAAUGACUGGAUCCUUGCAGUUAGGGAAGGUAAAUGAUAAUGGGCAUUAGACUCAUUUUUCAGAGAACAAAGUGCCACCUAGACAUGGGUCAAGUCAGGAUUUGGCCUGUGAAUGAAUGUCAUGCAUCUUUGUUCUGAACUCAGUGUGUGGCAUUGCAUUUUCUUCUUCAAAAGUAAAAUUCCUGUCUUCAAAGAGUUGUUUUCUAAUUUUUGAUUGUAUGUUUUAACAGCCUCCUAGCUGUUGAUGCACACAAUAAGGAUUUUGACUGGUGGGUGAGUUUCAUGCCUUCCACAAACCCAAAGAUUAUUAUAUUAAGAAGGGGUGUGAUAAAAGAGUGCUGCAGACUCAUUUGUCACCUCUUGUCCUCCUUAAAUUAUUAGCACUGCGAUUGAAAUGAAAUACUUUCAAUCAGUCGUCAACCAGAGAGAAGAUGGAUGCCAGAUAUUUGCUGCAUCCCACCUCACUCCCUCUCAGAACCUUGUGAAAUCCUGUUCCUCCUCCCAGUGUAUGGUAGAAAGCCAGUGAUUUGUGUGAUAGAAAGCCAGUUAGGACUAACAAAGAGCAAGGUCCUCCUCCAUCCUAGGUCUCUCUAUCCUUAAAUGUUAAACUAUGACACCAUUGGCCUAUACCAGUAAUCCUUCUGUUCCUCCUCUUUUUCUGAGUAUACCAUGAAAGGGAUAAACAAAGACUUCGGUGUCAUUUGGUCAUGGCCAGGCCAUUUUGUGGUUGUACUGGCUACCCCUGAUCUAUCAUCACAGGUAGAACUUUCAUGACUAUGCUGCAUGACUGCCAGUCGUCAAAUGUCGAGCAAUAAAGUAAUAUAUAUGAAUAUGAGAACCAGACCAUAGAUUUGCCAGAAGAAGCCAGAACUGCUUCUUGGGGAGAGGGCUGUGUGACAGUGAUACCGAUGGGUUUGUAUGGCUAGUGGAGUAGUAUGCUUGCAUAUGUGUUGGGUCUGUAGAGUCGCUUUUGGAUAGAAGUUCCUGUCUGUCUGUGGGCAUCUGAUUUCUAUUGAAUUCUUAUUGUAUUAAAUGACUCUUGAUAUGAGAAAUAAUACUGUGUCUAAAAGAAAUGAAUGUGCCAAUCUGGUGCGUGACAAUCAUGGGAUUAUUUUUUAAAUCCUGCCUGUUUGAAAAAUAGAAUGAACUGAAGAACUAGUUUAUUUUGGUAUUCUUGAAGAAAAAAAUUUUCAAAUGCAUUUUGCUAAAUAAGGCUAUAAAAGCUCAGUUACACAAAUUUUUGAUUUUUGUACAUCUGUUUAAUAAGGGAUAUGUUUCUGUUUUUCCACAUAUCGAUCACACAGAGUUUGUUAUCUAAGAUCGGAGGGCUCAGCAUUAACAUUUUGAAGAAAUAAAAAUUGAAGUUUC